ACUGCAAAUCCCAAUAAAGUGAGUGCAGAAAGGAAGGGGGCAAAAGCAGCCUCCCCUUCUACACCCCUCCGUCCACUGUGCUUUCCUCUGUCAUCUUUGACUCCGCCAUUCCGGUCUCUCCUCCCUCCCACCACCACAGGCCAAGGACUGCACAUUUCAGCCUAAGAACAACAAGAAAUACACCACCAAACGAGCCAAUCAAGAGUAAAGACUCUCUCUUCCCAUUGCUCGUCUUGCGUCGUCUAGGAGGGGCACUGAUCACCAAAGGCCGGCAGGCAGCAUGAUGAGCUCCCUGCCUCUGCUCUUGCUCCUGCUGCUCUCUGCAGCCACCUUCGGUAGCGGUGUAAGGCUCGGCAAUGGCGGCUACGAGGAGUGGAGGCUGGGCACGGCUACCUACAUCAAGGAGUUCCAACCGCACCCGCUUAACGAUGGUGGUGGUGCGUGCGGGUACGGCGACCUGGACAUCUUCAGGUACGGGCGGUACACGGCGGGGCUGAGCGCGGCGCUGUUCGGGCGUGGCAGCGCCUGCGGCGGCUGCUACGAGCUCCGGUGCGUCAACCACAUCCGCUGGUGCCUGCGCGGCAGCCCGACGGUGGUCGUCACGGCGGCGGACUACUGCCCCGCCAACAUGGGCAUCGCCGACGACGCCGGCGGCUGGUGCAACUUCCCCAGGGAGCACCUCGAGCUGUCGGAGGCCGCAUUCCUCCGGGUCGCCAAGGCCAAGGCCGACAUCGUGCCGGUGCAGUUCCGAAGGGUGAGCUGUGACAGAGCGGGCGGCAUACGGUUCACCAUCACCGGCAGUGCCCACUUCCUCCAGGUGCUGAUCACCAACGUGGCCGCGGAUGGCGAGGUCGCCGCCGUGAAGGUGAAGGGGUCGAGGACCGGGUGGAUACCGAUGGGGAGGAACUGGGGCCAGAACUGGCAGUGCGACGCCGACCUCCGUGGCCAGCCGCUGUCUUUCGAGGUCACCGGUGGCAGGGGGAGGACGGUCACGGCGUACAGCGUCGCGCCGGCGGACUGGAUGUUCGCGCAGACGUUCGAGGGCAAGCAGCUCGUCGAAUAGAAUGCAACGCACAGACCAGCAGGUUCAGUUGCUUGUAAGUAGAAUUAUACGGGUUGAUUUUUUGUUAUGUUCCAUGUUGUGAGUUGUGCACCAAGAACAUGAGACGUAUUUUGCUAUUCUCGUCAGUAGCAACAGCAAAAAAAAAUAUAUACAAGAAUACCUCAGGCGUCUCACGAA